AUGACGUCACUGCGACGGCGGCGCACCGCCCUAGGGGGCGGGGCCGGGCGCGAGGCCACGCCCCUCUGUGAACGUUCUGCGCAGGCGCGGCCGCGACCCUUUGUCCCUGAACCCGCCUUUUCAUUGUUCCCGGCGGGCACUUGCUCAGUCCUGUAUCUCGCCCCCUCGCAGGUGGCUCCACGUCCCGCGGUGGCCGCGGGCGCCCUGCUGCCCUGCCCGAUGUCCCGGCGGGACUUCCUCAGGGCCUCGCACUUCGCGCUGGGGCCCGACCCGCGGCUGCACAUGGGCACCAUGCGCUCCUCGUCGCACCGGGACUUCCCGGCCUACCCGGGCGCCCCCCGCACGCUGCGGAGCCAGCAGCCGCCCCGCGCGCCCCUCUUCCAACGGGACGCGCGCUGGGCGGGCGAGGAGCGCGUGUCCGAGGCGCACUGCGCCUUCGCGCCACCGCCACGGUCCUCGCUGUUGGGGGAGCAGGAGCGAGCGCGGGAGCGCACGCUAGCCAUGCGGGCCAGCCACCUACACGUGCACGCGGACGCGCGCGCCCGCACCAGCCUCGCCACCACGCGCGCCGACUUCCGCUGGCCCGAGCUUUCGCCGCGCGCCCUCGAGCAGAUCCGCAGCGCGCGCCUCAUCUUCGACCGCGGCUCGGUGCCGACCGGCGACCGCUCCCAGCUGGGCAUCCCGCCCACCACUCACCAGGCGCUCUUCCCGCCCUACGACGCGUGCCUGCAGCCCCGCGCGCCCUGCAGCCACCUCGAAGGCCCCAACCGCCUCAGGUGGGACCACAGGAGACAGGACGAUGGGACCUCCUACCAGAGAGAGUUCCAGGCCCUGCCGGGCCCACCUGCCUUGAUGUCUAAGAGGGCCUCCAGCAGCGUGGAACUGGGAGACUUCAAGAUUGGCUAUGGUCCCAUGUGUUCGGAGCAGAAACAAGCCUACAGGCCCCAGGGUCUGCCCUCAGACAGGUAUGACAAGGCCCAGGCCUUGGCCCACAUCCACUAUGUGAACAUUCAUCCCGGAGACGGCGUCUUCCGGGACAGGACCACCAAGGCUGAGCACUUCUACGCCCAGGAGCCAGAGCCUUUUGUUCUUCACCACGACAAGACUCCACAGUCGCACAUCCUGGAAGGAAAUUGGUGCCCUGGCCCGGGCAGCCUCACCACCUCCAUGCAUUUCUUCCACGGCCAGCCGCCUCCCGCCACCAAGCCACCCUGCCGCCACGUGUCUCAGGAGAAAUUGCAGAGUCACGUGACCCUAGGGGAGCCUUCGCUGCUGGGACAGUUCUUCCGGACCUCCAUGGGCACGGACUAUUACCCGCCUGGGACGCCAAGGCUGCAGAAAGCCCCCAACCUCCACUUGCUGCAGAGCAACCUGCCCCGGGGCACCGGCGAACCAGAUUUCUUAACCAUGAACCAGAAGAUGCUGAAGCCGCACAGGGUAGCCCCGGCCUCCGCGACUGAAGAGAUGCUACAGCGGUGCAAACACAGCCACAUGGAGCCCCCGCUGGGCAGACAGCGCUUCUUCUCGACCCAAUAUGAAGACGAGUUUACCUUCAAGUACCAGCGCCCGGCAGGGCUGAGACUGAACAACUUCCAGGAGAGCCACGUGCCGCUGGGCUCCCCUAGCCAGUGGGGCUGUGGGGGUGGGAAGGUAGACCCUCAGGCACCCCAGACUCCUACCUACCCGUGCCCUAGCCAGCAAUAAACAGC